AUGCGUGAGCGCAUGUCCGAUAUGGAUCCAACCGACGAGUCAGGAAAGUUGCUCAAGGUGAACUUAAAUAGUCUUAAUAAUGGAAGCAGCAAAUCUCUUUUGCCUGUUGCUUCAUCACGCCGCCGAGGCGCCGCUACAAAUGAGAAUAAUGGCAAUAACAAGCAAGAAAAGCGGAAGAAGAAAGGAAAAGUUGCUGCUUGGAUGAAAAGAAUGCGCACUUUCAAUUUCUCGUAUCUACUGUUGACGUCCGGGGGCAAGCGCUCGAUUUCGCAUUGCAUUUUGCUUGUUGGUGUUGUGGUCGUGAUGGUGAUCAGCGGCUUUGCUUUAGUGACAUUAGAAAUACUGGGUCGAAUGCGAUUUAAUGGGUAUUUCAUGCCAAAACGCGACCACAACGGACAGCUGGGAUUUUAUCACGAGAUGGAUGUUAAUAUGCAGACUGUGAAAGACGCGACGGGUAGACCAGAGGGCAAAUUGUUUCCAUCAUCAGGGCUUAACACAAGAGAAUUAAAGGCGUGGGUGGCUGAGCGUAGGAAACGCACGAAUGGUCGAAAACUUCUUGUUGGUUGCUCAUCGCAUUGGAAAGGAUACGUACUGCGCUCAUUUUUGUCAUUGUUUCAAGAGCUCAAAGCCGAGCAUGGAUGGGAAGACCUCGAUACGUCCAGAACUCCGAUGAAGGUGCUCUAUGAUAUGGACCGUAUACGAGCUCCCAGUUGUAUGCUCUUCUGUUUGAACUCGUUUUCUUAUCCUAUGGCGCUGUUACAAGAGUAUACGGCUUAUAUUCACGAAUUGCGUACUCUGGGAACUAUUAUUGUCGUGUGGAACGAUGACUUGCACUACUACGACCAAUUUGAUCCCAUUGUAUUGCGCGACCAGAUAUUGACAAAAGUCGACGUAAUGGUUGGUACGUACGCGUAUUUUAUGGACGACUAUUUUGCUAGCGUAACAGACUCGGUAAACGAACGCGACUUGCCUCUAACAGUGUGGAUUCCACAUUCGUCGGGUCUAGAUUUCGUUAAUUCAUCGUUUAACGAGUAUCCGAUAAACAAAAUACUAUUAUCCGGUAAACUUGGCUCGAACUGGUACCCACUACGCCAUUGGCUAGGAACGUAUCAACAGAACCAUCAUGACAUGAUGGACUUAUAUCAACAUUCUGGGUAUUACGUCGCAGACAACCAGUCAGCCAUCUAUGCGUCCUAUUUGCGCUCAUACCGCGCAGGCAUCACAACCACGCUGAUUUUUCAAUAUGUCAUUGCGAAGAUCUUUGAGAUCCCAUCCACAGGGGCGCUGCUGGCUGUGAACCGCGAUGUCGGGCCACUACUGGCCGCACUUGGGAUGAACGAGGGCGAACAUUAUGUGGGAUACGAUCGACGAGACCCAGAAGCGGCUAUAUGGUGGAUAAAUAACCCUACUAAUUGGCCUGAGAUCGAUCGGAUCCGGCGAGCUGGCAUGGACCUUGUCAGAGAGAAGCAUUUAGUGACAAAUCGUGUGAAGGCGCUAGACCUGUUUAUGACGGAAGGCGAGUCUGUGUACAAAAGCCCGCUGAAAUUGCACCUUUCGAGCCCAUGCCCGUCGAAAGCGCUGCCGAACGUAAACGAGUGCCAAAAGCGAUUUGACCGUGAAUCAUUUUACAAAUGCGACCGCUGGUUUUGCGGUGCACACUCACUUGUAAAGCUUUGGAGGUAA